AUGGCGGACGCUGCUGACACAGAUCCGGAUCCAGCCUCGUUAUGCGCGGACUUCUUAAGCUUCUCUGCCCGCGACACGGCCUCGAGCUGGCUUGUGGCUCCAGACUUGGCCAUCCCCCUUCAUGCCCACCUGUCCCGGUUUGUGCCUCACCUGCUGAGGGCGGGGCAAGGGGCGGGGCUUCGGGAGCAGCAGAGGGAAGAGCUUGGCGUUCAGCUGCUCCUAUUGGCACCUCUGGAGUGGCUACUGCUGGGGGAAGAGCCUAGCGCUGCGUUUGCCGCUCUCAAAGAAGCUAACAGAGUGUCAGCGCUGUGCGGACACGUGUUCAGAGUGGGAGAGCCGACCUACUCCUGCAGGGAGUGUGCUGCGGACCCCACUUGUGUGCUCUGUAUGAGCUGCUUCCUGAAGAGCGAACACAAGGAGCACCGCUACAGGAUGACUACUUCAGGAGGAGGAGGUUUCUGUGACUGUGGAGACUCUGAAGCCUGGAAGCAAGGAGCAGCCUGUUCUGAGCAUAAACAGGACCAAGACCAAGACCAAGAUCAGGACCCAGUCCAGUCUCUGGAUCCAGACCUGGUCUUCAGGGCCUUUGGGGUCUUCAGGGCCAUACUGAGAUAUGCUGUGGACAUGUUGACUUGGGACAGAGAGGACAGUGUCCCUGCAGGCCUGGAGCCCCCGGAGAAGAGUGACUCGUUCUACUGUAUGUUGUUCAAUGAUGAGGUCCACACGUACGAGCAGGUGAUCUACACUCUGCAGAAGGCCGUCAACUGUGACCAGAAGGAAGCGGUCAGCUUCGCCACAGCAGUGGACCGAGAGGGCCGAACGUCGGUGCGUUUUGGUGAUUUCCAGUUUUGUGAACAAGCAAAGUCUGUGAUAGUGAGGAACACAGGGCGUCAGUCCAAACCUCUGAAAGUGCUCGUCAUGCACUCCUCUGUUGUGGCUCAUCAGGUUUUUGCUCUGAAGAGUUUGACCUGGUUAAGUCAGGUCAUCUCCCACUCAGACGGGCUUCGGAGGGUCCUCUGCACUGUGGCUCUGGAGUCCAGGUCUGGUUCUGGUGAGACCCUGGUGGACCAGCUCAUGCUGAACGACUCAAAGAUGUGGAAAGGAGCCCGCAGUAUUUACCACCAGCUCCUGAUGAACAGUCUGCUCAUGGAUCCUCAGUACAAGAAGGUGUUUGCAGUUCACUUUGCCAAGAACUAUGAGCGUCUUCAGAGUGACUACGUGAAAGAUGAUCAUGACCGUGAGUUUUCCAUCACUGACCUUUCAGUGCAGAUCUUCACCGUGCCAUCCCUGGCCCGUAUGCUGAUGGUUGACCAGGACCUCAUGGCUGUGAUCAUCAGGACCUUUCUGAACCUCCUCCGUCACAGAGACCUUCAGGGACGCUUCCAGUUUGACAGAUACACGGCUCAACAGGCCUUUAAGUUUGGACGAGUUCAGAGUCUCAUAGGGGACCUGAAAUAUGUCCUGAUGACUCGGCCUACAGUCUGGUCUGAUGAGCUGCGUCUGAAGUUCAUGGAUGGAUUCAGCUGUUUUCUGGAGCUGCUGCGGUGUAUGCAGGGCAUGGAUGCAGUGGUGCGGCAGGUCGGGCAGCACAUAGAGAUGGAGCCCGAAUGGGAGGCGGCCUUCACUCUGCAGAUGAAGCUGACCCCGAUCACCAGCAUGAUCCAGGACUGGAUCAGGACUGAUGAGCAGGUUGUCAUGGAAACAUACCGCUGCUGUCUUAUUGCGCUCACACACUCUCUCAGUGGAUUGGCCGACGGCGAACAGCCAAUCAGCCUGAGUCUGGCAGGUCACAUGGUCGAAACGUUCAGAUACCAGGUGUCACAGGAAAAAGUGUCCAUUCACCUGCCGCUGUGUCGCCUGUUAGCAGGUCUUCACGUUCUCUUGAGCCGGACUGAAGUCGCUUCUCGUUUUCCGGAACAACUUCCUCUGGGGGAGCUCAGUCCUCCGCUCCUUAUUGAGUUGCCGCUCCGCUGUCUGGUGCUCUGUGCACAGGUGCAUGCUGGGAUGUGGAGACGCAACGGCUUCUCCCUCAUCAACCAGAUUUACUAUUACCACAACGUGAAGUGUCGUGUAGAAAUGUUUGAUAAAGACCUCAUCAUGCUCCAGGUGGGAGCCUCCAUGAUGAACCCAAACCACUUCCUGAUGAUCGUUCUGAGUCGAUUUGAACUUUUCCACAUUUUCAGCACAGACUCACGGAAGCGAUUCAGAGACAGCAACAAGGACGUACUCCAGCAGAACAACACUCUGAUCGAGGAGAUGCUUCACCUCAUCAUCAUGAUCACAGGGGAGCGGUUCACCCCUGGAGUCGGGCAGGUGGAGCCCGAGGACGAGCUGAGGAGAGAGGUCAUGCACCAGCUGUGUGUGCGACCCAUGGCUCACAGUGAGCUGGUCAAGGCCCUCAACGACAACGGAAACAAAGAGACUGGUUUGGAGCGGGUCAUUGACAGCGUUGCCUCAUUCAGGAAGCCCGGUGUGAGCGGUCGUGGCCUCUACGAGCUGAAGCCAGAGUGGAGCAAACACUUUAACCUGUACUUCCACCACUACAGCCGAGCUGACCAAUCAAAGGCAGAGGAGGCCCAGAGGAAGAUCCGCACUCAGGCUUCUGGUCCUGGAACCUCAGGAGGAUCUGGAGGAUCUGGCACCAACGGGUCUACGGGUUGGACCGAGAGCAUGCUGCAGAGAGUAUUACACCUCAUUGCAAUGGCUCUUAUUGAAGAAAAACAACAACUGGAGUCAAAUGGUGAAGAAGAACUGACAUUCAACUACAGUCUCAAGAUUCAGAGACCUGGUUCUUGUGGAUCUCUGCUUUCUCUGCUGGAGACACUUCAUCACUCGCCGCAUUUAGAACUUCACAAAGACAUGAUUGGCUGGAUCCUCACGAUGGUGUCUCACAUUCGGACCCUGAGACUGCGCUCCGAAGAGGAGUCUGUGUGUGUAACCGCUGCAGUGACCACUGACCACACGCUGAGAGAGCGCGAGGCAGCGGAACGGCGGAGGAAGGCGGAGAUGGCACGGUUACGAAGAGAGAAGGUCAUGGCUCAGAUCAGCGCAAUGCAGAAACACUUCAUCAGAGAAAACAGAGAGCUGUUCUGUGAGAGUCGGGAGAGCGCCCCUUGUGGAGAGGAGCAGAAGUGCAGCUCUGAGGAUUCAGUCGGAGCCCCGGUCUGCGUGGGACCAGCACGAGCCGGUCUGGUCUCAGCGAGUCCUGUGACCUGCAUCCUGUGUCAGGAGGAGCAGGAGGUCCGCUCUCACAACAGAGUGAUGGUUCUCGCCGCUUUUGUCCAGAGAUCCACCGUCCUCUCACAGAACCGACAAUCAUCAUCUGGCCUAUCACAGAGCAGAGACGUUCUCUUCAUGAAUCCCGCUCUCUCUUUGGGGAUCCACACUGCGAGCUGUGGACACACCAUGCACGCCACCUGCUGGCAGAGGUACUUUGAGGCCGUGCACCAGAAGGAGCAGCGGCGUCAGCAGCGUCUCCGUGGAAACACCAGUUUCAACGUCGAAAAAGGAGAAUUUCUUUGUCCUCUGUGCGAAUGUCUGAGCAACUCUGUGAUCCCUCUGUUACCACCAGCAUCCACCCCUGCAACCAGUGUGGAGCAGAACCUGGACACCUGGGUGAGCGCCACCACCCUACAGCUACAGUUAUUGCGGCACAAAUGGAGCUCAGGUCAAGGGGCAGAGCAUGCUGUCACCCUGGGGGCGGAGCCUGCAGUCACUCAGGGGACGGAGACUGCAGAGACCCGGGGGGCGGAGACUGCAGAGACCCGGGGGGCGGAGACUCCUGUGCCUGAAGGAUUUAACCAGGACUUUGUCCCUGAACCCCUCCCCUCUCCUCUCUCACAGAUGAUGUCACUCUUCAGUUUGGCAGUUUACAAAGUGGCUUUAAAAACAAACCCAAAUGAGACGGAUCCAAGACUAUGUCCUGUGAGCUGGUCCACCUGCGCCUUCACUAUCCAGGCCACAGAGCGUCUACUGUGGGAUGAUGACAAACCACUGUUUGGAAGUUUACCCUGUCGCCAGGAGGAGUGUUUGAGCGCCCUCUGCAGGUUUACUUCUCACUGUUGGACUGUAGCUCCGCCCACAACUGCUCAGCAACACUUCAGCCGCCUCUUCUCAGUGUUUUCUGCGUCCCAUGAUGCACCCUGUCUCCUGGACCUGGACAUGUUCCACCUUCUAGUUUACUGUGCCCUCUCCCACUGCACUGUUCAGGCUCUGGACCAAACAGGACGUAGCUCAUCAGACUCCGCCCACCUGAACCUGUUACACCUGGUGACAGUGGCUCACCUGGUGCAGGUGUUGCUAACGCUAACAGAGAAAGAAGAUGGCACUAUGGAGCAGGAUGGGGCAGGAGCAGAGGAACACCUGCUACUGGAGCUGUACACGGUCCUUCAGAGUCACAUGGGCAGUGCACUUCCAGCAGUGGCCUCUGGGUGGCACUUGUGGCGUCGUGUGAAAGCAGCUCUUCUGCCCUUUCUUCGGUGCUGCGCUAUGUUCUUUCACUACAUGAAUUCAACAACUCCCCCUGCAGCUCUUCUCUUGUCAGACGGUGAUCAGUGGGCGGCGCUCUGCUCUUACCUCAGUAUUCCCUCAAAUAUCCUGCUGCUGUACUCUCACCACCACCACCACCUGGACUCACUCAUACACAGUUGGUGCUCAGACCCCCGGGUGCUCCAGCGUCUCUCAGAAUCCAGGUCUGGUCCUGGUUCAGUUCUGGUCCAGUUUCCACGAGAGUCAAACAGUUUGGUGGAUUUACCUGAAGAUUACAGCGACCUGAUCAACCGCGCCUCCACGUUCACGUGCCCUCGCCUCUCCAUGGACCAGGCGCGUGCUCCCACUCUCUGUCUAGUCUGUGGGACUCUUCUCUGUUCGCAGUCAUACUGUUGUCAGACUGUUGUUGAUGGCGACGACCUUGGUGCCUGUACUUACCACGCCCUGACCUGUGGAGAAGGGGCGGGGCUAUUCUUCAGGGUGAGAGAGUGCCAGGUGCUGUUUGUGGCAGGAAAAACCAGAGGCUGUUUCUAUCCACCUCCGUAUCUGGACGACUACGGCGAGACUGACCAGGGUCUGAAGCGGGGGAACCCCCUCAGACUGUGUUCUGGUCGAUAUUUGAAGAUCCAACGUCUGUGGCGACAGCAUGCCCUGGCCGAGGUCAUCGCCCACGCUCAGGAAGCUAAUCAGACGCUGGCGGCUAUUGACUGGCAGCACCUCUGA